AGGAGAAGUGCUUAAUUAACUCUCAGCGAAACGCUCAGCUGCCACCCACUCGUCCGCGGGUGGGAUCGAGGCUCCUCUGGAGCUCUUGCCGUGGUGCAAAGUUUGGGUGGAAAGGGAUUAGAAAGGGAGGAGCUGAGCUGAGAGCCUCCCAGAGCCUCGGGCAGGCGGCCACGUCCCCCUUGCCGGUGCAACCAAGGGAAGAUGGGCACCGGGAGGGGCUGGAGAGACCCCAAGCCGCGAUGGGCACCUUGGCAUGCCUGCCACGUCCGAGGGCGGGCGGCCCCAAGCACCUGCACCCUUCCCCGCGGCGGAGCAGCGAGCGCAGCCCUUCCCUGCACCGCAGCAGGAUCGGGCACCUUUCACCCCGGGAAACGGCCCACGGGACACGUGGGGAUCUGCCUGGAACCCCAACCCUUCCUCCUGGGAAUCUCCUCCUUGCUCCCAGCGGUGACUCACGUGGUGCCGGCGCCUGGCACAGCGGCGAUGCCUUCGCGCCCUGGGCAAGCACCGACCGGCACCGGCGCCGGCCUCGGCAGUGGGACAUCCCGAGGGCUGGCUAAAGGGACCGGGGGACCAUGAACUGGGGGGUGUUCGAAGGGCUCCUCAGUGGGGUCAACAAGUACUCCACAGCCUUCGGCCGCAUCUGGCUCUCCCUCGUCUUCAUAUUCCGCUUGCUGGUCUAUGUGGUGGCAACCGAGAAGGUCUGGAGCGAUGACCACAAGGACUUCGACUGCAACACUCUGCAGCCAGGCUGCACCAACGUCUGCUUCGAUCACUUCUUCCCCGUCUCCCACAUCCGCCUCUGGGCCCUGCAGCUCAUCCUGGUGACCUGCCCGUCCCUCUUGGUCAUCAUGCACGUGGCCUACCGGGAGGCCAAGGCGCAGAGGCGCCGCGAUGCCGGCGGGGACAGCUACCACUGCGUCUACCCCAACCCUGGCAGAAGCGGGGGGGGACUGUGGUGGACCUACCUGCUCAGCCUUAUCUUCAAGGCCAGCGUGGACGUGGUCUUCCUCUACAUCUUCUACCGCUUCUACGAGAACUACAGCCUGCCGCGGCUGGUCAAGUGCGAGCUGCAGCCCUGCCCCAACGUGGUGGACUGCUUCAUCUCCCGGCCCACCGAGAAGACCAUCUUCACUCUCUUCAUGGUGGUCACCACCUGCAUCUGCGUGGUGCUGAACCUCAUCGAGGCUGCCUACCUGAUCGGCAAGCGGUGCCGCGAGCGCCUGCUGCUCGGCCCCCACCAGUGCCAUCGGCACAGCCGCGACUGCGCCGAGCCCGCGGGCACGGACAGGCAGGUUUUCCACGGGGUGGCCUCCAUCCCCCCCACGACCUCCAUCCCCCCCACGACCUCCAUCCCCCUCACAACCUCCACCCCUGACACACUGCCUGAGGAGGAGACUCUUUCCUAGGGCUGCCUGGGGGAAAGCAGGAGCUGGUUACCCUGAUUUGGGGUAAAACUGGGUGCUGUGGGACAUGUGUGGUCCUCAAGAGCUGGCAGGGAUGGGCAGCUCCCUUGUGGCGGUGAACUGGCAGCUGUGCCUGGAGGUCAAACUCAUCCCAGCCAGGCUGGCUUAGCUGGUCCUGAGGGUACCCUUGCAAUGAAUAAAUAUGUUUGUCCCUCCGAA